AUGAAGGUGCCACCCUGGCUCGAAUCAUUGUUAUCGGCUGCAUUCUUCACCAUCUGCCCAAGACAUAAAGACACACCGCGAAACGAAUGUAAUAUGUAUUGCCUUGAUUGCAUGAAUGAUCCAUUUUGCUUCUAUUGCCGAUCCUCGAGGCACAAAGAUCAUCUUGUAAUUCAGAUCAGACGGUCGUCAUACCAUGAUGUUGUUAGAUUAGCUGAAAUUAAAAAGGUUUUGGAUAUAAGUGAAGUGCAAACUUACGUGAUAAACAGUGCAAGAGUUCUUUUCCUAAAUGAAAGACCCCAACCAAAGACUAGUAGUAGCAGUAGCAGCAAAGGGUCCUCUCAUUUGUGUGAAAUAUGUAGCAGAAGUCUUUUGGAUCCCUUUCGUUUCUGUUCUUUGGGAUGCAAGGUUAAAGGAAUUACGGCGAGAAGAUUGGCAUCAAAAGAAGAAGAAGAAGAAGAAGAAGAAUUGUGCGAAGAAAGCCCACAAGAAAUGUAUAGACCAGGCACCCCUAAUACAACUCGUUCUAAUUCAAGAAGAAGAGAAGGCAUUCCUCAUAGGGCUCCUUUUGGGUCCUAA